AUGGCCUUUCAACUCUCCCCAAGAGUAGGAGUCCAGGGGGCGGACCCCGCACAAUCGCUCAAUACAGCAUUGGAGAAUUUUCGAAAUACCUUAACAGAAGAGCAAAAGCGAGAAUUUCAAGAAAGCACCACGAAGCCAGAUCUUGCGAGCGUCAUAGUGUUUGUCGCAGAAAUCGAUGUUAGAAAUAGCAGCGCGACGAGGACGUCCAUGGCUCGACGGCUAUAUACCUUCUUAGAGGCCACGCAACAAUUUACCGAUGUUGUGAACACGUUCGUUAGCUCUAAUCCCAUAAUUGCAGCCCUUGUCUGGGGAAGUAUAAAGACUGCCAUAUUGACAGCGAGCAAUGUGGUUUCGUACUUUGACAAAGUCUCGAGCAUGAUUAUGCGCAUCGGAAAAACAGCACCGACGUAUCAACAAUUUGGCGAACUCUACCCCGACUGCAUUGGUCUCCAAAGUGCUCUUUGUGAUUUCUACGCCAUCAUUAUCAAUCUGUGUGUCAAGAUCAUCGAAGUCUCCCGUCGAACCGGCCUUAUGCAAACCAUUUCGUCGAUGAUAAACCCCUUUGAAUCAGAGUUCAAGCCAUUCCUGGAUCUGCUAGAUGAAACUACACAGAAGAUCAAACUUGAGGUAUCACUCGCAUCAAAGCAAGCAGACCAAGAAGCGAAAAAGCUGCUAGAAUAUGAAAGCCGAGAGAAUUCAAUAUUCCGACCUUUCGCCCGAGGUUUCUACAAAUCAUCACUGGAGCAACAAGCAGACGCAAGCAAGUGGCGGAUGAAAUUGAGAAAAAGGGAAAUGAUGAAAUUGAAGUCAACCAUUCGAAACAAUCUUUCUCCUAUCAACCAUGAAUUUCCUUUGAGGCAGAUAAGGAAGCAGCGAUUUUCAACCACGGCUGAGUGGCUUCAGAAAGAGUCGGAGUUUAAUAUGUGGGAAAACGCCCCACAAACUGCAAUACUCUGGUGCUUAGGUACGAUAGGCAUGGGCAAGACAGUGCUUAUGUCUAGUGUGGUGGAUCACUUACAGUUACAUGCGGUCCGCAAGAGCAAUGAGAUCGUAUGCUACUACUUCUGUCGUGUCGACAAUGAGGCAUCUUUAUCUGCGAGGAACAUUCUUGGAAGUCUCGCUCGUCAAAUCCUCGAUACUCAGAUUGAGCAAAGCGAUUAUGAGACUCUCCUCUACUUGGAGGAUGAAACCCGGGACCUUAGCACGAUCGACGUCGUUCAGUUUUUGUUAUUAUGUUUAGAGACCAGCAAGGCUAAGAAGUGCUACUAUAUCAUCUUGGACGGACUGGACGAAUGUGAUAGUGCCCAUAUUCAAGCUGUGGCACAGGCCAUUGUUGAACUCUGCAGCAAAUACAUUGGGUUCAAAAUCCUCUGUGCUGGCAGACCUGGUCUUGAGAAACGGUUCAAAUCAGACACACCACAGUAUAGGAUUAUGGUGAAUGAGAAGAAGGUCAAUUUGGACAUGGAUUGCUAUAUCACCAAGAUUUUGGACAAGUGCUUGGAAGAAGAGGUUUUGAUUCUUGGGGAUUCCGCAAUCAUCACAGAGAUACGCAAUACCUUAAGGGACAAGGCUGAUGGAAUGUUCCUUUGGGCCAGUCUUUGUAUUGAAGAGCUCUGCGCACAGAACUGUGAUCACGAUAUCCUGGAAGCAUUGAAACAUAUUCCCCACAGCUUGGCUGAGCUCUAUGAUCGAAAGCUUCGUCGUGUUCGAGAGGGAAGGGUGGCCGAGCAGGCAAUGAAAAUACUACAAUAUUGCGUCGUAGUGAAGCGGCCAUUGACAGUUAUGGAAUAUCGAGAAGCCCUUAGCCUUUCUCUUGAGCAAAAGGCCUUUGACCGUGGGAAGGUCCCCAAUGACAUGGAUAGAAUCAUCCAUGGUUGCUGUGGAUUGACAUUUGCCGAUGAAGAGGAUGACACUAUACACUAUGUCCACCGCAGUGUGAAGGAAUGUCUUUUCAUCACGAACGGUCCCCACACAGCACAAUUCGACGUGGCGAGCGUUGACCGGCAUUUUGGGUUCAUGUGCAUGACAUACCUGGAUUUCAGCAACUUCAAGCGUCAGUUAGCAAAAGUUAAGAAUGGUUCUGGCACUCCUAUUCACCCCAUUCAGCUCGGCACCAGUACUCUGUCCAUAUCUUCCAAGAGUGUUACUACCCAGAUAGCCCGAAAGAUUCUUUCCCAUCAUCGCCAGCUACAGCAUUUCAGCACUCGAGAGGUAGAGAGGACGGUGCAAGAAAGACUUGGAGAUGUGGGUUCCCCUCAUCUAGAGGGAGACUUCCAGUUCUUCAAUUACGCUAGGUCUUACUGGCUCAACCAUCUGACUGAUUUUACCCCAGAAAUGAACAAUGACAUGUGGGGAUUGUUUCGCCGGUGUAUAGAAGGCGACGAUGUUCCUACAUGCACACCAUGGGAGUUGGAGCCGCAGACCGACAGCAAGAGAAAUGAUAUACCAGAUUCCAUACAAUGGCUAUUGGCCCACGAACAUCACUCAUUGCUUUUAUACUACGCAAGGCUUCAGCCUCACGUUUUGUCCGAGAAUGUGAAGGAUUUCAUCCUUAUGAGAGGCGACAUUCACAAUCGUUAUCGAUACACCGAGGUGAUUGUCAGCCUUAAGAAUACUAGCGAAAUCUUGGAUAAUGGAUUGUCAUAUGCUGUGAGAGAUGGAUGCAUUCGUUCUCUAGCAGUAUUGCUUCAAGCAGGGGCUGACGUCGGUGCCAAAGUGAAUCAUGGCAUAGCCCUCAACAUAGCAGCUAAAGGAAAUCACAUGGAAAUGGUGCAGGCACUGCUAGCAGCAAAAGCAGACGUUAACGCGGCUCCCUUUGAACUUUGUGGCAGAACAGCUAUCCAAGCGGCAGCAGAAGGGGGCCACCUUAAGGUGGUGCAGACCCUUCUAGCAGCAAAAGCAGAAGUUAACGUACGUCCCACUUAUAAUGCUGGCAGAACAGCACUUCAAGCGGCAGCAGAAGGGGGCCACCUUGAGGUGGUGCAGACCCUUCUAGCAGCAAAAGCAGACGUUAACGCACGUCCCGCUGAUAAGACUGGCAGAACAGCACUUCAAGCGGCAGCAGAAGGGGGCCACCUUGAGGUGGUGCAGACCCUUCUAGCAGCAAACGCAGACGUUAACGCACCCCUUACUGAAGUUAAAGGCAGGACAGCCCUUCAAGCGGCAGCAGGAGGAGGCCACCUUAAUAUAGUGCAGAUCCUUCUAUCAGCAAAAGCAGACGUCAACGCACUCUCCGCCCCUAAUAAUGGUAGAACAGCUAUCCAAGCGGCCGCAGAAGGAGGCUAUCUUGACGUGGUGCAGAUCCUUCUAGCAGCAAAAGCAGACGUCAACGCACCUCCCGCUAAUUAUGAUGGCGCAGCAGCCCUUCAAGCGGCAGCAGAAAGAGGUCACCUUGCAGUGGUGCAGGCACUGCUAGCAGCAAAAGCAGACAUUGACCCUAAACAAACAGCUUACAAAGCAGCGAUAAAAGGAGGACACACCGAGGUGGCGCAGACACUGCUGGCAGCAAUGGCUGAUAUCGACGCAAAACGAGCAUCCCGCAAAACAGCGAUAAAGGAAGAACGAGCUCUACUGACGCAGGCAUUGCGAUAUUCAAAGGCAGAAGCCAAACGAACAGCCUAA